ACUAUUGAGAUACUGCAUAGCUACUAGUUUGGGGGUUUCUUCUUCAGAAAAAGAUAAUCAAACGAUUUUGACAAGGAUCGACUUUGCUGCACGAUAAUAUGGCUAUCACGAAAGCAGUAUUUUUCAUGCUCAUAUUGGAAAUAGUUGCAAUACGAAGCUGCAAAUCAAACGAAAUUCAAUAUAACCCAUGUUGUUCGUUCCCCUGCCAAAAUAACGGAAUAUGCUACACAAAGGGAUUUGAUGAUUAUAUUUGCGAAUGCACAAGAACAGGAUAUUAUGGAAGGCAUUGUGAAACUGCGGAAUUUUCAACCAGAAUCAAAAAGUUUUUCAAACCAUCAAGAGAUACUUUACAACAUUUGGUCACAAACUACAAGUAUUUAUGGUAUAUUGUGAAUAAAACGGACUGGCUUAAGAAAGCAGUGAUGGGACUUGUUUUGAAAGUGCGUAUGUCCAUUGUUGAUGAACCAACGGCCUACAUCGGUUGGGAUGAUUAUACAACAUGGGAAACAUACACCAACAAAUCGGUUUAUGCACGAACCCUGCAUCCUGUCCCAAAAAACUGCCCGACUCCAAUGGGUGUAAAGGGGAAAAAAGAACUUCCUAACCCAGAACUCCUUGCAAAGAAGUUUUUAUUGCGACGAAAAUUCCUUCCGUGUCCAAGAAAUACAAAUGUAUUAUUUCCGUUUUUUGCUCAACAUUUCAAUCAUCAAUAUUUUAAAACGGAUUUUAGUAAAGGAAUCCCUUUUCAAUGGGGAAGUCAUUACGUCGAUAUAUCCCACAUUUAUGGUGAUACCGAUCAGCGGCAACAUGCAUUGCGAUCCCACCAAGAUGGUAAAAUGAAAGUCUCUAUCUUCAACGGAGAAGCGUUUCCUCCCCGACUUGAAGAUACUGAGGGUUUAAGAAUGGCUGGAUCACAGUUUAUUAAAAAAGAACAUCGUUUGGCAUUUGGUCAUAAAGGGUUCGCAGCGAUGCCAACUUUUCUACUGUAUUCAACACUGUGGAUAAGAGAGCAUAAUCGAGUGUGUGACAUACUCAAAGUUGAACACCCAGAGUGGGACGAUGAAAGACUCUUUCAAACAACAAGACUAAUCAUUACAGGAGAAACAAUAAAAAUUAUUAUUGAAGACUACGUUCAACACUUGAGUGGAUUUCAUUUUCAACUAUUGUAUGAUCCAGAUAUUUUAAUGAACGAAGGAAUGUCUCAUCAUAAUCAAAUCCACAUUGAAUUCCAUAGUUUAUACCACUGGCAUGCACUGAUGCCAGACAAUGUUGUUUUGGAAGACAAAUCCUACAAAAUCAAAGAACUACUGUUCAAUCCGGAACCAAUAAUUGACGCUGGUUUACAGAGGACAUUCCAAGAUUUAAACACUCAAUUUGCUGGACAGGUGGCAGGAGGAAAAAAUCAGGGAUCAGGAACGUUAGCGGUUGCAGUACAGGCUAUAAAAGAUGGACGAAGUAUGAGACUACAAUCCUUCAAUAAUUAUCGGAAAAAAAUUGGAUUGAAGCCGUACACAACAUUCGAAGAUUUUACAGGCGAAAAAGAAAUGGCGGCGGAAUUAAAAGAACUCUAUGGUGAUAUUGAUGCAUUGGAAUUAUAUCUCGGCCUAAUGACGGAGAAAAGAAGAAAAAAGCAACUUUUUGGCGAAACAUUGACAGAAAUGGGAUCACCGUAUUCUCUUAAAGGUCUUUACGGUAGUCCACUUGGAUCUCCAGGAUGGUGGAAACCGGUGACGUUCGGGGGUGAUGUAGGAUUCAAUAUAGUUAAAACAGCAAGUCUACAGAAACUCAUUUGCGAUAAUGUUGAGGGCUGUCCGACAGUAGCGUUUAGAGUCCCUAGUAACCACAGUUACGAAGAGUCAGACAUGGCGGCGGUACCAGACGACAAUACUUCAGACACAAUGAUGGCUCUGGCAAGAGGAAAAGAACCUCCAAAUAAUUCCCAAGAAAGUUCGAACAUUAACAAGUGUGAUAAUCUCAAAAAUGGCAAUUGUGAUUCAUCUAAAUCAAAAAUGUAUUCAGCUUCCCAGAACAAAAACUUGGAGUUGUAACUCAAGAAAAUUUAUCACAUAUAUAUAUUGUUAUUUUCCAUAAAUUUUUUUUUAAGUACUGUGCAUAGGUUUUCAUAUACAUUUGCAUAUCUACAGCUUACUAAAUGCACACGCCUCACGCUUGUAAGAAUGUAAAUUGAAGCUCUUAUUAUAUUUUGUAUUAUUCAGUUUAAUUAACAUUUUAUUUAAACUACAUACAAAUACAAGAUAAUGCCGUA